AUGGGAUUUAAAGCUACAAAAUCCAAUUCCUCUCUUUUCAUUUUUCCUACUAACAACAUCUCCUUGUAUGCUCUUAUCUAUGUGGAUGAUUUACUAGUCACAAGAAACAAUGUGAUGCUAUUUCUCACUUCAUCUCACAACUUGCCACCAUCUUUGCCAUCAAAAACCUUGGCACUCUUCACUAUUUUUUGGGCAUUGAAGUUGAAUUCACUUCUACAGGACUUCAGCUUUCAUAGCAAAAGUAUACUUCAGAUGUUUUGCAUCCUUGCAAGAUGGAAGGAUGCAAACCAGUCUCCACUCCCAUACCGUCAAACUUCUCUAUCUCUCUUUGAGUAUGACAGUACUCCUCUUGAAGAUCCCACUAGAUAUUGUAGCAUUGUUGGUUCUCUCCAAUAUGCUACCACUACUAGACCAAAUAAUGCUUUUAGUGUUAACAAGGACUUCUAG